AUGCGCACUCGAGCGCGUCUGACCGGGUGUGGCGUGGAGGCGGCGGGGCCCGGAGGUGCGCACGCGCACAACCCAACCCACGCGAAGGAGAAAUUGCGCAUGCGGCCCUGCCUCCUGGGCCUCCAGAGCAGAAACCCGGGCAUCUCCGGUAGGUUCGUCGUCUGUGUGUUUCUGCAGGCCAGCAGCACCCUAGAGAUUGAUACCUCGGUCGUUUCACAGUCGUGGCCUGAUAAUGUUCCUGUAUGGCUUAAUGCCAAAAUCAGUGAUUGCUAUUUAGAACAAAGGAUUAGUAUCAAGUUUUGUGUAAAGUUAAACAAGUCUGCAAGUGACACCCACCAUCUUUUGAAAGACGCCUACAGUGAUGAAGUGGUGUCCAGGGCUAGAGUUUUUGACUGGCGCAAAAAGUUUAAAGUAGGGCAGGAAGAUGUCUGAGAUGAUGCAUAAAGUGGUCUUCCAGUCACCCAUGAGACGGAUGAAAAUAUCUAGGAGGUCAAGGACGUGGUUUGUCCAAACAGGCAGUUAACGGUGAGAAUGAUGGCUGAAGAAUUAAAUUUAGAUAAAGAAACCGUUAGACACAUUCUAAAAGAAAACCGGAAUAUGAGAAAAAUGUCUGCCAAGGUUAUAGUGAAUAUUUUGAAGGAUGUGCCUAACUUGAGGUUCCCAUCUGCUCAUUCAAAGGAAAUUAGGAAAGCUAGCUUAUAUGUAAGGGAAAAGGUCUGCAUGGUCAAUAAAUGUUCAACGAACAGUGAUUCUGUCCCCCAUCUUUCAUUGCUUUAUGGGACUGCAGGGAACGAAAGCAUAACAUCCUGCUUUCCCAUAAGUUCCCUGGCCGCUACCCUGGCACCGAUUAAAGACAUGUCUAUGUGAUUAAUCAAAACCGAUGUGGAAGCACUCUGGCGCUGCUCCUCUGAUGUGCUGCCUGCUUCAUAUACAGUAGUUCCUCAGCUGCAGUGGUGGAGCCAGCACAUAGGGGCUUUUGAUGAACUGGCUAUGCUUGCCCCAAAUGUUAGCUAUGUCAUCUGACAUGACUAAUGAGG